CAUCUCUCUCCCCCCUUUCUCUCUCUCUAUAUAUGCACAGAUAUUUCAGCAGUAAUUUACAGAGAUGGUAUCCAUUACGUCCACGGAGUUGAAUUACCUAGUCUUCCGCUAUCUUCAUGAAUCAGGGGUGUUACUCAGUGAUGGAAGAGUACAUCUUAAGCACACUCUUCAUAUGUGGUGCCUACUGGUGCUGUUACUUGUAAUUUAUGGCUGAAAGGAAGGGUUUACACAUUCAGCUUUUACUUUAGGAUACGAGGCAGGGAUAAGUGAAAGCACAAUUGAUGGAAAUUUAGUUCCUCCUAGUGCUCUUGUUACAUUCGUGCAAAAAGGAAUUCAGUAUCUCGAGCUAGAAGCAAACUCGAGUAGUAAUGAUGCAGACAUGGACGAAGAUUUUUCCUUUCUACAACCUCUGGAUCUUAUAACAAAGGAUGCAUACGAACUUCAGAAAAUCAUAAAAGAGAAAAAGGAAAAUCUUCAAAAGGACAAACAUGCAGAAAAAGACAAAGAUAAUGGUGAAUUUGACCAAGAACGUAAUCAAGAACAUGCACGAGAAAGAGAGAAGACUGAAAAGGAAAGACAUCAACGGGAGAAAGAUCGGCAAAGUGAUAAAGAGAGAAUAGAGAAGGAUAAGGAGCAAGAAAAAGGUAAAGACAAGGAAAAACUACAAGUGGAUCCUGUUGAUUCGAAAGAAAAAGGCAAAGACAAGGAAAAACUACAAGUGGAUCCUGUUGAUUCGAAACAAAGGGGAGAUGAUAUCAAUCCUGUUGAUUUAAAACAAAGUGGAGAUGAGAUCAACGCAAAACAUGAAGAAAAUGGAACUCUUGGAGGACCAGAACCAAUGGAAAUCUCCACAAGCUCAACAUCCUUCCCUUGUGAAAUUCCAAGUUGUGAUGUAACAGUUCUGGAAGGCCAUUCCUCUGAGGUUUUUGCAUGUGCGUGGAGUCCAACAGGUUCAGUUCUUGCAUCAGGGUCUGGAGAUUCAACAGCUCGAAUUUGGACGAUUCCAGAUGGACCUUGUAGCUCUAAUAUGCAAGAUGGGCCUCUAAAUGCCGUGGUCUUGAAGCAUUUCAAAGGUAGAACAAAUGAGAAAAGCAAGGACGUGACUACACUUGAUUGGAAUGGUGAGGGGACACUGCUUGCAACGGGUUCUUAUGAUGGACAAGCAAGAAUAUGGAACAGAGAUGGAGAGUUGAUGAGUACUUUAAAUAAGCAUAAAGGGCCUAUCUUCUCUUUGAAGUGGAACAAGAAGGGCGAUUAUCUUCUUACUGGUAGUGUGGACAAAACUGCAAUUGUUUGGGACAUAAAGACGGGGGAAUGGAAACAACAAUUUGAAUUUCAUUCAGCUCCCGCACUCGACGUUGAUUGGCGAAACAAUGUUUCUUUUGCAACAUGCUCCACGGAUAACAUGAUACAUGUCUGUAAAGUUGGAGAGAACCGCCCAAUCAAAACUUUCUCAGGACAUCAGGGUGAAGUUAACGCUAUUAAGUGGGAUCCUACGGGUUCACUGUUAGCUUCUUGCUCUGAUGAUUCCACUGCAAAGAUAUGGAGCAUGAAACAGGAAACCUGUGUGCAUGAUUUGAAGGAACAUGCUAGGGAGAUAUACACCAUCAGAUGGAGUCCUACGGGGCCGGGUACCAACAACCCUAAUCAGAGAUUAGUGCUGGCAAGUGCCUCCUUUGACUCAACAAUAAAGCUAUGGGAUGCGGAAUCAGGGAGCCUUCUGAGUAGCUUGAUUGGCCACAGGGAACCUGUAUAUUCUGUCUCAUUUAGCCCAAACAGCGAGUAUUUGGCCAGUGGAUCAUUGGAUAAAAGCAUUCACAUAUGGUCUGUGAAGGAAGGCAAGAUUGUGAAAACAUAUACAGGGAAAGGCGGCAUCUUUGAAGUUUGUUGGAACAAGGAAGGUGAUAAGAUUGCUGCUUGUUUCUCGGACAAUGUAGUUUGUGUCUUGGAUUUCCGGAUGUAGAACUUGAAGCCUUACUUUGAAGUAUCUUUGACAAUAAUGAAUGGGCUCUUUUUUGUACUGUUUUGCUAUCAAAUGAUGCUCAUCUAUGUCGAUGGAGAAGAUUGGCUCGAACCACCAAGUUUAAGGAUUUUUAAUUGUACUAAUACAACAGUCAGGUUGCCUGUGAUGGUAGCAAUGCUCCUGUUCAGAAUUUCUUUUACUUCUUUCCUUUGUAGUUAAUACAACACUUGGGGCUAGUCCUUGGAUCAUGUGUAUCCUAAGGUGAGAGUGCCAAAGAAAUUAUUAGAUGGUCUGGGAUUUACAUGGUCGGGGACUUGCAAGACCCCGAGCCAUAUAAUAAUUUUUCAGAUCCCGCAUGAUCCAAUCAUGAUGGAACGGUUGUAAGUCACCAGCAGCCCUUUUAUACAGAUCCAUUUGUAAUUAGUUUUCUGUUUAGUGUUCUAGCCAUUCAAUGGAUGCAAGUGUAUGAUGAAAUUUUGAAUAUAAUGAAUAAAUCAUAUACUCUAAAGUCUGGCUAAACAGGAGUUAGGUUACCAAAUUUGUGUCCAAUGGAUAAAGAGUUGGUAAGUAUCGUCCAUUUUCUUA